CCCGGCCGGGAGCGGCGGGGAGAGGCAGUGGCGGGCAGCGCGGCCGCCUCUCGCCGGCUCGUGAGCCGCGGCUCCGCUGGAAGCCGCCCGGGCCCCCCCCCGCCUCCCCCGCUCGUUCCCGGCAGCGCCGAACCCGCCGCGCUCCUCAGCUGCCCUCCCCGGUGUCCUCGGGAGCGCGGCCCGCCCGCGCCGUGCGGCGUUCCGCGGAGCGUGACGUGGGACCGACGCGUCCAGAGCGGCUUGAAACGCCACGAGUUCCGUGAAGAAGCGUUUCUUUUAUUCCAGCGGUGUGCGGGGAGGGGGCAGCCGGGCAGGACGCCGCCCGUAACGCUCCGGAGCCUGGCCUUCGGCUGCUCUCAGGGUUGACGCAGCGUGUGCUCUUCCCACAGGCACGGCAUGGCAGCCAGCGCAGGCAGCAACGGCGGUGGGACGGCGGCGGCGACGACAGGGGAGCCGGCGCAUGCGGUGUCACUGCUGCGGGGGCUGAGCGCACUGCGAGCGGAGCGGAGCUUGCUGGACGUGACGGUGGUGGCAGGCGGCCGGGAGUUUGGGGCGCACCGCGCUGUUCUGGCCGCCGCCUCCGGCUACUUCCGCGCCAUGUUCGGCGGGGCGCUGCGGGAGGCGCGGGCUGAGCGGGUACGGCUGCAUGGCGUGGAGCCCGAGUGCCUGGCGCGCCUACUCGACUUCGCCUACACCGGCCGGGUGGGCGGGCUGGGCCCCGACAUCGCCGAGCGCCUGCUGCGCGCCGCCGACCUGCUGCAGUUCCCCGCCGUCAAGGAGGCCUGCGGCGCCUGGCUGGCGCGCCAGCUGGAGCCCGCCAACGCCCUGGACAUGCAGGACUUCGCCGAGGCCUUUGCCUGCCCGGCGCUGGCAGCCGCUGCCCACCGCUUCGUCCUGCGGCAUGUAGGCGAGCUGGGUGCCCAGCUGGAGCGGCUGCCGCUGCCGCGCCUCCUCUCCUACCUGCGGGAUGACGGGCUCUGCGUCCCCAAGGAGGAGGCCGCCUUCCAGCUGGCGCUGCGCUGGGUGCGCGCCGACCCCGCCGCCCGUGCUCCGCUGCUGCCGCAGCUCCUGGCCCAUGUCCGCCUGCCCUUUGUGCGCCGCUUCUAUCUGCUGGCCCACGUGGAGGGCGAGCCGCUGGUGGCCCGCUGCCCGCCCUGCCUGCGCCUCCUGCGUGAGGCCCGUGACUUCCAGGCUGCCCGUCUCGACCGCCACGACCGGGGGCCCUGCGCCCGCAUGCGCCCCCGGCCCUCCACUGGCCUCGCUGAGAUUCUUGUCCUCGUCGGCGGCUGCGACCGCGACUGCGAUGAACUUGUCACCGUUGACUGCUACAACCCGCGCACCGGACACUGGCGCUACCUGGCCGAGUUCCCCGAGCACCUGGGUGGGGGCUACAGUGUCGCCGCGCUUGGCAAUGACAUCUAUGUCACCGGGGGAUCGGAUGGCUCGAGGCUGUACGACUGCGUCUGGAGGUACAACUCCAGUGUGAACGAAUGGACGGAGGUGUCUCCCAUGCUGAAAGCCAGAGAAUACCACAGCUCCACGGUCCUGGACGGGCUGCUGUACGUGAUCGCCUCCGACAGCACAGAGCGCUACGACCACUCGGUGGACAGCUGGGAGGCUUUGCAGCCCAUGCUGUACCCCAUGGACAACUGCUCCACCACCUCCUGCCGCGGCAAGCUGUUCGCCAUAGGCUCCCUGGCCGGCAAGGAGUCCAUGGUUAUGCAGUGCUACGACCCCGACAGCGACCUCUGGUCCCUGGUGAACUGCGGCCACCUGCCUCCCUGGUCCUUCGCCCCAAAGACCGUCACUCUAAAUGGCCUCAUGUACUUCGUUAGAGACGACUCGGCUGAAGUGGAUGUUUACAAUCCAGCAAAGAAUGAAUGGGAUAAAAUCCCUGCCAUGCUUCAGGUUCACGUUGGGGGGAGCGUGGCCGUGCUUGGUGGGAAGCUCUAUGUCUCUGGUGGCUAUGACAGCACGUUUGAGCUCUCGGACGUCCUGGAAGCCUACGAUCCCGAGACGCGAACGUGGAGUGUGGUGGGCCGACUCCCUGAGCCCAUCUUCUGGCACGGCAGCGUCAGCAUAUUCCGGCAGUUCAUGCCGGAAACCACGCAGGAGGACGACGGCAUCACGCUGGACAACUCCAUCAACUUGAACAGGCAGCACCAAAACCUUCACAACCAGAACCUUAACGAGCUUCGUUAGCAGGGGAAGGCGCUGUCCCUCUGGCUGGACGCGAGUUCGUUAUCCAGAAUCAGUGUUGCUUUGAGAGAAGGCAGAGGCAAACCGGUGCUUGGCCACAAAAACGUACUGAUCGUAGAGGGAACGAAAACUCUGAACGUUUGACAUGCCAUUGUGGAGCCACAGCCGGCAGACAGCGAGGCCUCCACUGCAGCAUCCCUCUGUGGGAGAAGGCGCCGCGCCGCCUGCAGAGGAGACCUGAGAGGUGAACUCUGAGGAAAGCGAUCGCGUUGAAUGUCACCGCAGCGUCGCAGCUUAUGGCUUCUGGUCAGACGCUUUCACUGGGAGCUCCUUCACCUUGUAACGCUUCGUUUGCCACCAAACUCCUUUCUUUGGUUUCUUUCUCGGGAGGGGUCUGGUAGGGCACUGGUCUGGAACCCCACCUCCGGUCAGUGCCUCAGGGGAAGACCAACCUUCUGUGCGUGUCUCCUCUGCGUGGUUGGGGGGGAGAGACCUUCUCACGAGGUGAACGCGAGAACACGGCCCUUCCUGCCCUGUCGCCGUGCUCCUCGGUUCCCGUUCGUGCCUUCAGAAAGAACAGAUGUCCUGUAGCACGUAUCUCGCCAAGGCUGGCCAUGAAGCUUUGCCUUUCCCUUUGAACCGUGGCUCUUCCUGUCUUUUGGUGGAGCUUCUUAAGUUGCAGCAUUAAACUUUUGCAGGUAUUUGCCUUCCUGGCUUGUCAGUAGCGGGGCUGACCUAGGCAGAAAAAAACGCUUCUUGUGGUGAAGGCUGUUUGCUGUCAGUUCUCCUGUGCCAAGCUCUCGGACGGCGCGCUGGGCUGGGCAGGGCAGGGAGGCUGCGUGCAGCAAGGGCGAGUUUUCCUUUCUUCACCAUUUUGAAGGAGCUAAGUCAGUGCUGUACCAUUUCAUUAAAAAAACCCCAAACUUGCUGGGAAAGGUGAGCGCGGCUUCCUGGGGAGAUUCACCGCAGGCUUGCAGAGUUGAUGGCGGUGUUCAGGUACCAUGAUGCAGGAUGGCUUGUGAAGGAACCCGCCGGACCUUUGGAGGGGUUUACUGCCUGUCGCCCCUCCAGUUUGCUGGAGCUCUUGGGCUUCGGGCAAUCGGAAAACGCCACUGAGGCAUUUUGGCAAAGGUGUAGACGUUAGUCAGAGUGUUGCGCAUUGAAAGGUAGUUAUUUUAGGGUUGGGGUUUUCUUCUUCUUUUUGUUUGAGGUUUGCUGGUGGUUUUGGCCUGGAAAGAUUUGCCUUUACACUCACCCAAGUCACCUAGCUAGCUUGGGCUGUUUCCUCCAGCUACCUUAGCUGAAGAGAAGCUGUGCGCAGUUUACUUGUGGGAUGUUUCUUGAACAAGCCAGCAGCUAAAACUGAGGUACAGCUCACCCAAAAACCAGUGUCGCGGCUUUGGGAAAACCAUAGUGUGACAAGGUCCAAAGCCUUGCCUGGCUGCGUUCACUUGUUCCGACUUUUGUUUUUAACCAGUAGGAAAAAGCUUUGGACUUAAACUUAAUUGAGAGGUGGAAAGGCCAUGUACUUGAGUAGUGUCCAAGCCCCCUCUCUGCAACAUCAGCAUCUUCACAGCUUUAAAAACAUCUGUUUUGCCUUGAAUGCCAUUUGGUGCCAAGCUCCUCCGCUGCAGAACUUGGGAAAGCCGCUCACAAAUCUGGGCUGUUCUCCAAGGCCAAAACUUUGACAGUGCCUUGAAUGCGUCAGCGGAAGGGCCUUGCCCCACUGCGGCAGCCCCUCGGUUUAAAUCCCCCCCCGCCUUGGCAUGGGGGGGACACACCGGGGCCGGCAAUUUAGGGUGGCUCCUUCCCCUCUGGGGGUAACGGCCGCAUCCCACCGUGCCACCCCGUGAGGCUGAAGCAGCCUGUCCCCGCGGUGCUGUGUCGUGCUCGGGGAGAGGCAGCGUGCGCUGUGCAGCUGAACUCACGUUGCAGACCGAAGUAUUUCUGCCGAACUAUAAAUAGUGCGCAUGCUGCGUCUCAUACCGAAGCGCCUGCUGCUGGACCUGUGUCGUCCCCCCCCAAAUUCCCCAACCGGCUGAACAGUUACAGAUCUGUAUUUAUUUUUUUGUAAAAUUCAUUGUCUGAAUCUUCAAGUACAGUUUAAAUACCAUCCUUUGAAACAAAGGCAUUUUACAUUUGCAGAUAAUGUAUUUUUAUUCUCCUAGUUUGUUUUUAAAUUUACUUGCAGCAGUCAAGUUAAAUAAAAUGUGUUACCUAAA